GGGCGGAGCCAUUGCGCUUAGAAGCGGGCGGUGGAGCGCUAUUACGCUGGGGGGCAUUGCGGGCACGGUGCCGUACGGCGGUGCCCGAGCAGUGGAAGGGAGCUGGGAUGAGCUGCUCCCCUCGCCCUGCAAAGCAGGGUUGCUGCCAGGUUUCUGUGUUGGAAAAGGGGGCUGGGCGUGCUGCCGAGGGAAGAAGAGCUUUCUCAGCUGCUGCGUUUAUCGCUUGGUUCGCGGGAGAUGAGUUUCAGGGCAGAAUGAGGAAGCGCUUUGCUUUCUUAUUGAUAGGCUUUUGGUUUGUGGAUGACCAGCUUCUCCAAGCAUGGAUGCCAUGCAAUAUGCACAGUUUAUGAAAAAAGCUGGGAACGAGGAUUUUAAAAAUGGAAGUUACUCUUUGGCCAUCAGAAAGUAUGAUCAAGCUCUGCAUAUGCUUAUUCAGAUAAGGCAAUGGAUCCUGUGUUCUGAGGACAUAGCUGUGUUAUACUGCAACAAAUCAACUGCCUUGUACAAUCUUGGUAAAUGGAGAGAAGCAAUGUUUUCAGCUUUUGAGAGCUUACGCUGGAAUCCAGAGUAUGUUAAGGCUUAUUACAGAGCUGGCCACUCAUUGAUCAUGUUGUCAAACUCUUUUGAGGCAAUUUCUAUGUUUCAUAAGGGUUUGAUACUUCUGAAUGCUUCUGUAGAUCAAUCUCAGGUUGCUGAUUUUAUAGCAGGAAUAUUCACAAGUGUCAACGAUGAACGAGUCUUUCCACCAACUUUUCACCAUGCAUAUGAUUAUAUUUUCAGUGCAAGGUUUAAUGCACUGAUUUGGCAAGCAGUGAUGGAAAAGUUGGCCCAGAAAGGAAAGUGGCGGUCUUUUUUAUUAUUGUUGUCCAAGAAGAAAGAAUUACCCGCCAAUCUCAGAGUCAACCAGUUAUCACUGAAAAAUCUCUUAGAGACUUUUGAGUCAUAUGGAUGUGAUGGGAAGAUGCAAGACGUAGCAGAAUUAGUCAAAUGGCUAAUUUCCAUUGGGGCAAAAGUUGAAACCAUUGGAGUUUAUCCUCUUCAUGCUGUUAUCAGACUAUGUAUCAAAGCAAGAAGGAACCAUAUUUUUAGGUGGUUAUUGACUCAGAAGCCAGACUUGAGGGAUACAAUAAACCAGCAAGACAGAGACGGAUGCACCCUCCUGCAUAUUGUGGCAUCUUCCAGUGAAUACUCCCGGAAACACAGUCAAACAGAAGAUGUGCUCAUGCUCCUGAGCUUUGGGGUUGAUCCUACCAUUCCAGAUGCACGGUCAAGAUACGUCAUAGAUAUCUUGAAAAAGAAUAAAAACUUUAAUGCUGUCAAAGCAGUCAGAGAUCACACUGAGAAACACACUUCUUCCUCUGUGGAAUUGGAAGAAGAAGAUAAAAGCAGAGCUGUAGUUGACUCGUUCCUGGAUGCUCUUGAACAGUUUGUCAAGUUCUGCAGUUGUGAAAAUGGGAUACAUAACACAAAUGUAUUGAAGAAAGAUGAGGUUCAGGGAUUUCUGAAACUGCUUUCUUCUGUGAAAGAAAUCCCUAAAGGAGCGGUUUGCAACAUCUCCCAAGCCUGUGCUAACAGCUUUAUAAAACAGUUGUUGAAGAAGCAAAUGUGGCAUGAAGUUUUGCUGUUGCUAACAGGGAAAGCCAGUGGGGAAGAGACCUUAGGUGGAGGACUCUUCAAAACCUGCAGUCUUUCAGACGUUGACAUUGGCAGCGUUAUCCAGCAGUGUGAUGGAUUGAAUGAGCAAAUAUACCUCAUAAGAUGCUUGAUCGAAAAUGGAGCUCUGCCAGAUGGGAUUGGAGCCAACUCUGAAAUACCAUUGCAAAUAUGCCUGGAAAAGAAUUAUUUUGAACUGGUGCAUUUGCUGUUGAUUAAGGGUGCAGAUCCUAAGAAUAUCUCCAUUGCACAAGGAGAUACUCCCUUGCAUGCUGCAGUUUACAUUUAUUUUGAUAAAAAAGAUGUCAUUGGUUUAAACAUUCUGAACUAUCUGCUUGAUCUCUUUGCUUCAAGACCUUCUGACUUUCCAUAUCUUAAUCCAAACAUACAAGAUAAGAAUGGGGAUACAGUGAUGCAUGUUAUUUUUCAGAGAGGAUUUUUAAAGCAAACUAAGAAAAUAAUGGAUUCAUUGGCAAAAUUUGAUAUUAACUUCAAUAUAAAAAACAAACUAGGAAGAGAUGUGAGGCACAGAAUUAAAAAAAAUGACCCACUGCUACUUGCUUGGAAAACUGCUGUGUCAGAGAAGAAGUACCGGCAGAAUAUAGCAGGACAGUCAGUUAAAACACCUAAGUCUGCUCCUGUCUCUGACAUAUCACAGACGAAGAGCUCAGGACGUUCUUCAUCUGGGUCAUUAUUAAAAGCACCAUCUGGAAACACAACACAUAACGAUGUGAAAACCUCAUGUUCUGUAAAGACAAAAAAUGAUCAGUUGGUGAAGCAGGAAAUGGAAAAAAUAAAGAACCCCUUAACUCUGCAGGAAAGUCUAGUGCAGGAAAUCAGAGCUUUAAUUCAGCAAUUAAAAUUAGGUGACACAUUGAGAAACAAUAAUUCUCUGUUACAAAAGCCAUUUUCAGCCCAGACUACUAUGGAAGAGGGAAAAAAGGAAUCAUCACAACCUUGUGGAAAUGUGAUUAAUCCUGAAGGAAAAGGGGAUGACUGGAAGAAAAAGAUGGAAACACAAGAAUUUAGUAUGGACCUCUCUAAUGGAGAGAAGGAAGAACCAGAGGAAGAGGAAGGAGAUAUUCUGGAUAUAGAGGCACAUGUGCAGGAGUUUGAUAACAUGACCUGGGAAAUAGAGUGCACUCCUGAAACGUUGAAGACGUUGAGCAGCAAAGCUGUACCUCCUUAUCUGAAAACUAAAACUAUAAUGACGAUUAAGCAUCUUGGCAAUGGGGAAUGGACUAAGGUUCUUCAGAAGCCACUGAAACAUUUGAAAGCUGAUAUCCAGCUCUAUGAAGCCAAAUUGGGCAAAGGUGCAAGAAUGCUAUGGGAACUUGCGAUUGACUUUUCUCCUCGUUGCAGUGAGAGUGCAGAAAAGAUUAUGGAGACAGAACAGACAAAAGGUCUUCCAGAAAAAUCAGGAAGAGUUUACACAGAAAUUAUCAGAAUUUGGGCCAUUGUUCUUGACCACUGCAAGCUGAAACGUGUCUUAGAUAACAUAUGUAUAUCCUACAAUCGGGGUUUAUCCUGCAUCUUAAGGAAGAAGCUCAAGGGCAUCAAUAAAGGACAUCAGAGCUACAACAGGACAGUAAAAAAGCAUGUUCCGCGUUGUUACAUUGAAGAUCUGGAAGCAGAAAAAUCAAAAGAACAUACUUUCCCUGAAUAUUUCCCUCCAGCCAGUGCUGCAGAAAUGGAAUACAAUAUAAUGAAAUUCCACAGCUUCAGUACUAACAUGGCACUUAACAUUAUAAAUGAUGUACAUUUUGCUGUUGAAUACCCAUUCCGAGUGGGGGAAUUGGAGCAUGCAGUGAUUAACCUCAAUCCAAAGCCCAUAGAACCAAUCAUUUUAAUUGGGCGAAGUGGGACAGGGAAAACAACUUGCUGCUUGUAUAGGCUUUGGAAGAAAUUCUAUUUGUACUGGGAAAGAUCCACCAUGGCAAAUAGUCCUCUGCUGGCAAGGCAAACUUGGCGGCAGAAGCAGUGCAGUGAAGCUGAAAAAGUGAGGUUAGAGAAGGAAGAGCAUGGAGAAAAACAAGACAGUGAUGAUUCCAGUGAGGAGCAGGUGAGUGAUGUGCAAGGCAGUGAGGAUGAAAAGGUUCCUGUGGACACAACUGGUGGAGACACAAAUCUAUGUGAUGACCAUGAAGACCAUGUGUGUAGUGCAGAAACACUGAACAGCCUGGAGCACCUGCACCAGAUCUUUGUGACAAAAAAUCCUGUCUUGUGCCAGGAAGUUCAGAAGAAUUUCAUUGAACUUAGCAAAUCAUCUAAGAUAACCAGUCAUUUCAGGCCUCUGGAACCAAGUGUUCAUAGGCUACAAGAUAUUAAAGAUGAAAAUUUCCCACUGUUUGUCACCUCCAAGCAGUUGUUGCUGUUACUGGAUGCAUCCAUGCCUGACCCAUUUUUUCCAAGGAAUGAAGAUGGAAGCCUUAAAAGAACCAUUGUUGGUUGGAGUCCCCAGGAAGAGUUGGUGGUGCCAAAUUGGCAAGAUGAGAAUGAAGAAGGUAAUGCUGAAGUGGAACAUGGUGAUGAGGAAGGAGCUGCAGAUGCACACUCUAGGGAAAGUGACCCUCGUACUUUUGUGACUUACGAUGUAUUUGCAAAUGAAAUAUGGCCAAAAAUGGUGAAAGGUAAAAGCUUGUACAAUCCUGCACUGGUUUGGAAAGAAAUAAAAUCAUUUCUGAAAGGCUCUUUUGAGGCGCUGAAUUGCACUGGGGGUAAGCUCACUGAGGAGGGGUACAAAAAGCUAGGUCUGAAGAGAUCACCAAACUUCACAGAAGACAGGAGUGAAAUCUAUCGCCUCUUCGAUCUUUAUCAGCAAAUAAGGUCUCAGAGAAGCUACUUUGAUGAAGAAGACUUGCUAUAUAAUUUAUCUCAAAGACUGUCAAAGCUCAGUGAGCUGCCAUGGUCCAUCCAUGAGUUUUAUGGUGAUGAGAUUCAGGAUUUCACCCAAGCUGAGCUAGUGCUGUUAAUGAAAUGCAUCAAUGAUCCUAAUGCCAUGUUUCUAACUGGUGACACUGCCCAGAGCAUAAUGAAAGGAGUUGCUUUUCGUUUUAGUGAUCUGAGGUCACUGUUCCAUUAUGCAAGCAAGAACUCCAUAAACAAGAAGCAGCGUGUUAGAAAACCAAAAAGGAUAUAUCAAUUGUACCAGAACUACAGGUCCCAUUCAGGUAUUCUCCGUCUAGCAUCUGGAGUGGUUGAUUUGCUUCAGUGCUAUUUCCCAGAAUCUUUUGAUCGGCUUCCAAAGGACUGUGGUCUCUUUGAUGGACCCAAACCUACAGUGUUGGAGUCCUGCAGUUUUAGUGACCUAGCAAUUCUGCUGAGGGGCAAUAAAAGGAAAACACAACCGAUUGAAUUUGGAGCACAUCAGGUAAUAUUAGUUGCAAACGAAACAGCAAAGGAGAAAAUACCGAAGGAACUCAGUUUAGCACUUGUACUGACAGUUUAUGAAGCCAAGGGCUUGGAAUUUGAUGACGUACUCCUUUACAACUUUUUCACAGACUCAGAGGCUGGCAAAGAAUGGAAGAUCAUUUCUUCUUAUGUUCCGGAUUCAGAUAUGCAAGUAGGAAGCAAAUUGCUAAUUGAAGUGCCUUUAGAGGAUGCUACUGAUUUGCAAAAGAGACCUUCUCCUUUUAAUGUAAAAAUGUACAAGAUGCUGAAUGGAGAACUGAAGCAAUUGUAUACUGCCAUUACAAGAGCCAGGGUCAAUCUUUGGAUAUUUGACGAAAAUAGUGAAAAACGGGCUCCAGCUUUUAAGUACUUCAUCAAAAGGGGACUUGUUCAGGUUGUCAAAACAGAUGAAAAUAAAGACUUAGAUGACAGCAUGUUUGCUAAAACUUCAUCCCCAGAAGAAUGGAUUGCACAGGGAGACUACUAUGCUAAACAUCAGUUCUGGGAGGUGGCAGCCAAAUGUUACCAAAAGGGAGGAGCAUCGGAGAAGUCAAAGCUGGCCCUGGCACAUGAUGCUGUUCUCAAAGUGCAUUUGAAGAAAAGCAGCCCCAGGGAAAAGCAGAUGGAAUAUAUAACAUUGGCAAAAACUUAUUUGGAGUGUGGAGAACCAAAGCUAUCACUAAAAUGCCUGCUUCAGUCGAAGGAGUUCCGACUUUGUGCAGAACUGUGUAAAAAGUUAGGAAAGAUGAAAGAAGCUGCAGUAUACUAUCAGAAAAUCCAGUGCUACAAAGAAGCGUCUGAAUGUUAUGAACAAAUUGAGGAGUUUGGUCUGGCAAUUAAGAUGUAUUGUCAGGAGGAGCUCUAUGAAGAAGCAGCAAAGGCAGUUGAAAGAUAUGAAGAGAUCUUGAAUACAAGAGGACAAAUGGUUUCCAAACUUCCAUGUACAGCAAACCAGCUGUAUUUGGAAGCAGCUGCAAAGUACCUAAGUAUGAACAAAACUGAGGAAAUGAUGCGGGUCCUCUCAAAACUUGAUAUAGAGGAUCAGCUUGAGUUUCUGAAAUCUCGUGGAUGCUUGCGCCAAACAGCAGACUUACUGAAAAGAGAAGGUCGGCAGGAAGAAGCUGCAAAGCUAAUGAAACAACACGGGUUUGCUCGGGAAGCAGCCAACCUCACAACUAUAAAAGAGUUCCGUGCAUCUUGCUUGCUUGCUGCAGCCCGUGCUGAUAUGACUCACUGUUCGGAAUUGGACAUGGCAGACAGAGAGGGCAUGCUAAGAGAAGCCCUUGAGCUUUGUGAAGAAACUAAGCAGAAGUCUGGGAUUGCUGAAGCUGUAUUUUUGCAGGGAGCUCUGAAGGGAGACUUUGCAAAGCUGAACAGCGCAUACUGUCAGUUUCUAUCUCUGAAUCAUUCUGCUGGUGCAGUUGAAGUUCUCUUUGUGUUAUCUCGCUGCAAUGCUCCAAGUCAGGACAUCCUCUUUAAGGCAACACGUGGCUUAAUAGCUCUUCUAGGUCUGGUUAAAAGUUUGAAGAAAGCAGCCACCAAUGCAGAGAAAGAUAUGGUGAAAUCAUGCUUCGCCUAUUUUGGGAUUGUUCCAACAGGUGACAGUUGUUGCCAGGUGUCUCAAAAUGAAGGUGAACCCAUCCUAAAGUUUUUGUCAGACAAGUCAAGUCUAAAAGAGAGGAAGACAAAAGGUAAUUUCUCAGUAAGCACAGAGGAUGUAAAAUCAGCUUUGAAGCAGCACUUGCUAAGCAGGUUGUGUUCUAUCAUCCGUGAGUUACGGAAGAAGCAUUACCCUGGUAUUUGUAGCAAGUUCAUUGUUGGCUUGAACUGUGAAGGUGAAACCUGUGAGGAUUUACAUACGCCCUUGUUGCGCCAUGAAGCAAGGACAGUAUUUCAAUGUAAAAUGCAUCUGGCAGCAAUAAAUGGACUGCUCUUGGAAGCCACACGCACUUUCCCUGAAGAGCUACUGAGUCAGUGCAAAAGCUUCGACUUUUUGACUCCUGACAAAUAUGCAUCAUGUAAAGCCCUCCUAGAAAUGUUUUUUCCUAAUCAUUUUCAUUUGAGAAUACUGUCAGAAAACCCAAAGGCAUGCAAAGAAAUACUGGUGUUCAGUAACAUUGUUUCCAAACCCUGUAGAGCAGUGUUGAAUGAGUAUAUUACAUUUAAAUUUCAAAAUGAAGAUGCAAGGGCAAGAAGAGAGUCAAGUGACUUGUGGUUAAGUGCCAUGAAGGUUUUUCUCUUAUCUUCAGGAUAUCCUGAAGAAUUUGAGAAACUUCUUUUUGAGGAAGAGGAUGAUUAUAACAGAGAGCUAAACCUUGCUUUGUCAAAGGCAAAAGACUCCCCAAAGUGCAAACAUCACAGAGGAGAGAUCAAAGGAAUAGAUGGCAGACAUGGAAUGUUGCUACCUGACAAAAAUACAGAAAAUACAGGAACACACUUGUGCUUCAUUAGACUUCUUGAAAAUUCAUUUGAGCAAUUUUAUGUUCAUAAGAACCCAGAAAACUGUAAAAGACUGUUUUUCCGUUUUAUGAAUGUCCUGGUCAAGAAAUGCACAAGAUUCCUGAUUCCAAGCAUAGGAAAUACGGUGAUGAUGUUGGAGUUCCAGUACAUUCUCUGUUGUGCUGUCCUGAUGCGUCUCAACAAGAACGUUACUCUGUGCUUUCCAAAGAGUUACAUUGCUCUUAUUCAUUACUGGGAUUUUUUGUUCAGAAGCAAGGACUAUAAAAAAGAAUUUACAGAGACAUUUUCCAUUAUACAAGAGUAUAGACCAAAGGACAUAUAUACAGCUGAACAGGAUUUCAGAUUUCAUCUCUGUUAUCUAGCAAAAAUUUUAUGUGGAGUUCAUGGGAGGUUCCAUGUCAUUCUGGAUGCUUUUGAGGAUCCUGAGUGCAUAACUUCAGGGGAAGCUGAGCGAACUAUAGUGCUGUGCUUAGUGAUGAUACUGAAUGCUGACCAGGUGCAGAAUUCUACGUGUAAAUAUCUCUUAUACCAACACUUCCCUGAAAUAAAGAAAAUGCUGAAAUCAAUGAGAAAAAACUUUCCCUCUAAAGUGCCUAAAAGAUUGCUAAAAGUAGUGGAACAAGUGGCUGGUGCUACACAUGUAAGAGAAAUUGCUGUAGGCCUGCAAGAGCUUCUGACAGAGCGAGAUGAAGAGUACUUAGUUGACUGCCGAUGGAAGUGGGACUCUGUGUACGCUCAGGGGCAUCCACCCACACGAGGUAUUCUGUAUGAAACUGUAAACCUUGACAGGUUUAUAACCUCUUUGGAUAAGACAGAAUAUGCUGAUGAGAUAGAAAAGGAACUUGAAAGCAAUCAGUGCUUAGAUGACCAAAAGGAUCCCCUGGAAGUGAUUGCACUCAGCAAGCAACAGAAGCAAGAGCAGAAAGCAUCUGCUCAGCGCCAGCUGCGCCAUGUUUUCCAUUUUGUGUCUAUGUACAUGAAGUGGAAAAGGAAGGCCUGCUCCAAAGCUGAGCCUGUUGCCAUGGGAAGAGAGAAUUUUCUAUCAGCAGUCUUCAGAAAAGCAGAUAUUGACCAAACCCAGUGUGACCUCUGUGGAGUCAGAUUUAUCCAGAGCGCUGAGAACUACUUCAGCCAAACAGAAAACAUGGAAGCAGACGCUCCUGGAAGCGUGACACCAACAGACAUCAGCGGGGAAGAAAAGUUGCAGGUGGAGAGAAAUGCAGUUAUCGUGGCCAGUGAAAGUUAUAUAGAGCACAGAAACACGGAUGCACACAAAAAUAAUAGCACUGCCUACAGAAACUAUGCUGACUUUUUCAGAAGAGAAAUAGAUCCAAAAAUACAAGAUGGACUGGAAAUAGUAGAGGCCAUUACAGAAAAGGCUUGUACCCAAGAACAUCUAGCAUAUAAAGAAGGCCCCAAAUUACACCAGAGAAAAAUAAAAGAGAAUAUUAAGAUGAUUUCAGAUGCGGUAGAGGAAAUCUAUGAGAGAAAAGCCUGGGCUGAAGCUGAAGAAAUAAUAACCAAACGUGCCAACAAAUUGUUUGCUGUAAUUGAUGAGGCUCAUAAAUGGCUGAAGAAAAUGGAUUUGCAUAGGAUUAAGGAAGACUUUGUACAUGAUAGAGACUUGGAAGAUGAAGUAGAAGAUGAAAGAAUGGCUUUUGAAGAACUUGCCUGGAAAAAAAUAUCAAGAAAAAAAGGAAGAUACGGGAAAUUGUAAAGAUAUGGGAAAUUAGAAAUAAUAUGCAGGUAGCUCUUCUAUCCUCUAGCUGUCUAAUUUUAGAAUAAAAUUCUACAAUUAUUAAGAAGAAUAAAGGGAUGGGGUCAAAUGGGAAAAGGGUGAAGAAAAAGAGGAACUUAUGCUAUUGUUUUUCAUCACUUGUAUUGUGUCAGAAUAAUUACCAGUCUUGUGAUGGUGUAAUUGAUAAAACCUAUGACAGGACAAACUUCCUUUCAAACUACGUGGUAUCUUGAAAGUAAUCAAAAGCCAAAGAAACAAGCAAGUAGGAAGAGUAAUUGUGUUUAUGCCUUAUCUCAGGGAUAUUUUUCUAUCCAGUCUUCAUUUUCUUUUUCCCUGUUAAUUUACAUUGUCAUUCUUCUGAGCUGGAAUACUCAGAAAAAUAAGAACACGGUUUCUCUGAUUUUAAGAGGUUUUAAUUGGUGUUUUUAAAUUACCAUUGUAAACCUACUCUCUCCUGAGUCAGCAACUCUUUGAGUCAUCAGGGGAGGUACUUGGAGUAUCUCUUUAUAUUUCUGUAGACAAGAAUAGUCAUUUCUAAACACACAAAUGUUUUUGUGACAAUGUACAUACUUAUAAUUAGAUAGGUAUGAAAAUUAUGAGCUUUCUUCUAUUUGAUAAAGUUUUGAUAUAAGCUGUUACCUGUACAGAUUGAAAUAUAGAUAAUCUUUAUUUAAAGAGUAUUAUACAUUGUGUUUUAUAGAUUUUAAUUGAUGAAAGCCUUUUUGUAAUGUAUAAUAACACUUUAUAAAAUUUGUAAGAUGUUUAAAGUAA